CGCCGUUGCCGGGGGAACGGGCCCAGCGCCGGACGAGGCCCAGCCUGUCUUGGCCUGGCCUGGCCACGCCGCCAGCCCGCCAGAGCCCGAGCCGGAGGACACGCCAGCUCAAUCUCCGCCCGGGAUGGGGCCCCGUUCCGGGGCUCGUCGCUGCCUGGUCCCGGGGACCGUCUCUGCCGCGAGGGUCUGAAGCUCGGGAGGGUGGACGACCAGGCGUCAGGGCCGAACCGCUGGCUGACCUUGGCAGGGCCGAUCUGGCGCGGCAGCCGCGACGCUCAGAUGUUUUCAAGUCAGCAAAUGUUUACUGAGCAUCUACUAUGUACAAGGUACAAUUCUGGGUGCUUGGGUGAGGGUAUGUGGGGGUCAGAGGAGAAUGAAUCACGGCAUAUUUGCUUCCUUUGGGGGAAGCUGUCAUAACAGGGGAGUGGAUAUAGGGAUGGCCAAGUGUUCCAAAUGACAAAGUGACUUGCCCAAUAAGGAUUGAGCACGAGGGUCCCCUGACUCCACUUGGGAUGUUGGGGAGAGCUUCCUGGAUGUGGGGACUCUUGUGGUUGGCUCUGAUGAUCAAGUCUCAUUUUGUUGGGCUGGGAGUGUUGAGUGUGAAGGCUGUUACAGGCAGAUGUGCUCAGGGGGGUGUCUGCCACACCAUUUUUGCUUAGUCACAUUCCCUGGCCCAUGGACAGGGGCUUCAAAAAGGAAAGUCCAGCUACCAGGGUUUUGUCUCAGCUCCUGGCCUUCCCACCAAGUGUCUCCUCAGGUGUGACACUGCCUGCCUCAGCUGUAGUCCUGUCUUGGGCCCAGAUAAUACUGGCGAGGGGAGGUGGGGAGGUUUCCCUCUUGUUACAACAAGCUCACCCGGUCCUGCCCUGUAUUUAUCUUUGGCCACCAGGCCAGUUAUUGGGCUAAAGGGGGCAAGUGGAGGGUGUUGCUAUCUGGUGAUCUGGCUCUGACAGAGGCCUGGCCUAGCCCUGAGCUUCCUUAAGUGGGUCAGAGGACAUCAGCCCACCUUUCCAGGUAAAUCUGUGCACAGGCCCAGGUUUACUUAGAAAGCCGUGGUCCUUUCUGGUGCUGGAGGGAAGCAAGGAGGAAUCCUUCCCUCUCAUGUGUGCUGGCUCCUCCCCAGCCAGGAAGCCCCAAGCAGCCUUUCUGAGAUGUGGGGCAGAGAUUCAGGGUCCCCCAGUCCUAAAGGAAUUCCGUGUCUGCUGAAGGGCAGAGGUAUACCCUUUUCUGAGCACCCCCACUUCCUGUUUCCCUUAGCAAACGAUACGGGGCCCUCUGUGACACUUGCAUUUGGACCUCAGGACAGAGGUGACUAAUACUAACAGAAUCAGCAUGUGUUCUCAUCGCUCUGGCUCCAGCCUGAUAUUGUUACCAGAUGAGAACAUGUCUUAUUGGGUUUAACUCUGAUGGCUAUAGAGUAACAGGCAGCCACACUGUGUCCUGAAUAAACCCUGGGCCCUCCUACUUUGUCCUGGCCAGGCUGGAGCCAGAGUUUGCUCUUGGGCGUUGAGACAGCACCCCACUCCCACCCUCCCCCACUGCCCAUCUCUGUCAUGCUAGAACCCCAGGUUCCCCUGCAGAGUAGCUUGGUGUUGGGUUCCAGUCCCAGCCUGCUACCCCCCAUGCUAAAACCUGGCUGCAGGGGGGCCCUGGGCUCUAGCAGGGCCUUCUGCGGACAAUGCUGUCACCGCUCUUUCUCCCUCUGGAGAUGAACAUCUGCAACAAGCCCUCCAAUAAGACGGCUCCUGAGAAGAGCGUGUGGACAGCGCCCGAGCAGGCCAGCGGACCCUCCCUGGAGCUGCCCGGCCAGCGAUCCCGCCGCAAUGGGUGGAGCUGGCCCCCUCACCCACUCCAGAUUGUGGCCUGGCUGUUGUACCUCUUCUUCGCUGUGAUCGGCUUUGGGAUCCUUGUUCCCCUGCUGCCUCACCACUGGGUGCCUGCUGGCUACGCUUGCAUGGGCGCCAUCUUUGCUGGCCACCUCGUGGUGCACCUGACCGCCGUCUCCAUCGAUCCAGCAGAUGCCAAUGUUCGGGACAAGAGCUAUGCAGGGCCCCUACCCAUCUUCAACCGCAGCCAACACGCUCACGUCAUUGAAGACCUGCACUGCAACCUGUGUGAUGUGGAUGUGAGCGCCCGCUCCAAGCACUGCAGCGCCUGCAACAAGUGCGUAUGCGGCUUCGACCACCACUGCAAAUGGCUCAACAACUGCGUGGGCGAGAGGAACUACCGGCUCUUUCUACACAGUGUAGCAUCCGCUUUACUGGGUGUCCUGCUCCUGGUGCUGGUGGCCGCUUAUGUCUUCGUGGAGUUCUUUGUCAACCCCAUGAGGCUACGUACCAAUCGACACUUUGAAGUCCUGAAGAAUCACACAGAUGUGUGGUUCGUGUUCCUGCCUGCUGCCCCUGUGGAGACCCAGGCUCCUGCCAUCCUGGCCCUGGCUGCCCUCCUCAUCCUUCUGGGCCUGCUCUCCACAGCCCUGCUGGGCCACCUGCUCUGCUUCCACAUUUAUCUCAUGUGGCACAAGCUCACCACCUAUGAGUACAUCGUGCAGCACCGCCCACCACAGGAGGCAAAGGGGGCCCACAGGGAGCUCGAGUCAUGCCCUCCCAGGAUGCGUUCCAUUAAGGAGACGGAGUUCUACAUGCGGACCUUCAGCCAUGUGCGCCCAGAGGCCCCCGGCCAGACCAGGCCAGCGGCAGUGAAUGCCAAACCCUCCCAGCUUCUUGCUACCAGCGGCCAAGGGGAGCCUCCACCGCCCUCCUCCCCAGACACUGUCGCCCUGCCUCCCGAGAUCCGACCCCAGAAAAAGAGGAAGCUGCGCAUGUAUAAGGUUCCAAGAGCUGAGACCUUGGACCGGGCGUCCCCGCUGCCCAGGCUGCGGGAGCCCGGGGCCCCCGGCCACAGCUCCAGCUCGUCGAUGGAUUCCGAGGGCGCCAGCCCCAUGCACUCCGCUGGCCGUGCCGGCGCCUACCACUCGGCGUCAGCCGAGUCCAUGGACGAGAUUCCAGUGGCGCAGACGCGCCUGGGCAGCGCCGCUCUGGCCGCCCCGGGGGGCAAGGGCCGGGAGCCCAGGCUGGCGCCGCAGGCGCGUGCGCCCGCCGUUUUCGUGAGCCGGAGCAGCGGCGAGCCCGGAGCGCGGGGAGGCCGGGAGGCCCGCCUGGCUUAGUUGGGCCAAGAGGCAGGAGGGCCGAGGAGGAGCGGCCGGCCCGACUCUCUAUGCAACACCCCACCCUCGCCACACAGAGUGCACUUUAGGGGCCCCUAUGGCCGGCGGGAUCGGCCUCCCUUCCCCUUGACUCAGCAAUACCCGCCCCACCGGCCAAGAUGCUCCAAUAAACUUUUUUACGCUUUUGCGGA